AUGGCUUACCCCGAGUUGACUUGUGGGUUGCGAUCGGUUUUGGUGCCGAUGGCCCCUAAUAAUGAAAAUGCCUUCAACCCCUGCUUUUUCACAGCCAUGCUUUCUAUUUUUGCAAUGUUCACUUUUAUUUGGGGAGGUUUCACGUUUUGGCGACAGUGGACGAGUCCCCAUCAUUCAAAUUACCAACUUGCGAAUGUAGGAAUUUCAUAUUACACGCGAGUCGCUUCUGUAUUGCUUCAAGUCAUUUUGUUUGCCUAUAUCAGCAGUUUUGUCAGCAUACAUGAGAGGUUGGCAGAUCAGAAAAUAAUUGCAUUCGGGUUGACCACAUUGGCAAUGCUAUGCGUCAUUUUACCUUUGCAUAUAUUGGAAAAUUUGAAGUCUCCGAUACAGCUAGACAUAUUGCUUGUGUUCUGGCCAUGCUUCACCGUUUUUGCAGGUGCUUUGUAUUUUCAAGACAACUACACCGAUUGGGUGAUCAUUCAGCUGGUGAAAUCUAUUCUGCUCGUUGAAAUCGCCGUGAUUGCCAACAGCAUCAAUAUAUUUGUAUUGGAGUAUUUCAAAUGGUCACCGAGCAAAUACUUGAUCGAGGAGUACAAAAUAACAGGACACAAAGAUUUAUUGGAGCAGCCAAAUUUGCUUCAACGUAUAACAUUCACCUGGAUGAAUGAAUUGAUCGUCAAUUCUUACAAGAACAAAACUGUCACCAAUACCGAAUUACCAAAUACGCCAAAGGAAAUCUCCACAGUUUAUUCCACUGCAAUUUUACAAAAGCAUUGGUAUAAUGGAAACUUACUCACCAGUUUGUUUAAUUCUUUUGGGAAAGGUCUCUCUGUUGCGUUUGGGUACGAACUAGCUGCUAGAGCACUUAACUUCACUCGACCACAGUUAUUGAGGUUCCUCAUCUUAUUUUUCACCAUCAAGAAUCCGCCAUUGCUACGAGGAGUGCUCAUCUGUGUGGGGAUAUUUGCAAAUACAGUGGCACAAAAUGCCUUGAACAACAAGUACAUGUUGAGAAAUUUGGAGAAUAUUUUGAACAUAAGAAGUUCGCUAACGUCGAUGGUCUACAAGAAGACACUAAAAUUGUCAAGCGAAGCACGAUUGAGCAGCUCGUCAGGGGACAUUAUCAAUUUGAUGUCGGUUGACAUCAAUCGAAUAUCUUAUGCAAUGACAAAUAUAAGCACCUUGAUUAUUGCCCCAUUUGACAUCAUUUUAGGAUUGAUCUCCUUGUGGCCAUUAUUAGGAGUAUCAACAUUUGCUGGAUUUGUGGCAAUAAUCGUGGCUUUACCCAUCAAUGCAGUAUUGGUCAAGUACAUAACGAACUGGAACAGGCAACAAAUGAAACUAAAAGAUGAAAGAACGGGAGUGAUUAACGAAAUUUUAACAUCGAUUAAAAGCAUCAAGCUUUUUGCGUGGGAGAAGCCAAUGUUGAGAAAAUUGUCAAAAGCCAGAAACGAUCACGAGUUGAAGAAUUUGGUCAAGGUUCGUUUUUACAAUCAGAUAUCAAAUUUUGUUUGGUCUUUGAUACCGAUCUUGAUGAAUUUGCUUUGUUUUGGCUCGUAUGUUUUGACGCAAAAGAAACCAUUGACGUCAGAUAUUGUCUUUCCAGCAUUGACGUUGUUGAGUUUAGUGUCGAAUCCGAUAUUGGAAUUCUCCGAGACAAUCAACUCUUAUAUUGAAGGGAAAGUUGCUCUAGCUAGAGUGCGCAAAUUCUUGGUCAAUGAAGAGUUGGAUCUGAAAGCCAUUAGUAGAGUAGUGCCACCGCUGGCAGAUAACUCUGAUGAAUAUGUAGUAGUGGAGAUUAAGAACGCUUCCUUUUAUUGGACAAGGCCCAAAUAUCAAGAUGAUGAAGCGGAUGAAGUGCUUGAUGAUGAAUCUCACGCAUUGAAAGAUGUCAAUUUAGAAGUGCCGAAGGGGAGUAUGUCUUGUAUCAUUGGCAAAGUCGGAAGUGGAAAGACCUCGUUGUUGUACGCACUUCUCGGACAAAUGGUUUGCAUAAGGGGGGAGUUGUCGAGUAAACCUGUAAUCAAGGUGCAUGGAUCGGUAGCUUAUUGUGCUCAAAGCCCUUGGAUCAUGAAUGCUUCUGUUAAAGAGAAUAUUUUGUUUGGAUGUAGACUCGAGCCCGAAUUCUACAGGAUGACAAUUGAAGCAUGCCAGUUGGAACAGGAUUUGAAGAUAUUGCCAGAUGGAGAUGAAACGCAGGUUGGAGAGAAGGGAGUCAGUUUGUCAGGUGGACAAAAGGCGAGACUAGCACUUGCAAGAGCGGUAUAUGCUAGAGCCGACAUAUAUUUGUUGGAUGAUAUCCUAUCAGCAGUGGACUCCCAUGUAGGCAAGAAAAUUAUUGAUCAAGUCUUAUCCAAAAAUGGAUUGUUGGGCUCUAAAACAAUCAUCUUGUGUACCAACUCGAUCCUGGUGUUGAAGUAUUCAGAUAGUGUUACUAUGAUUGAAAAAGGGAAAAUAGUUGAGUCAGUUCCCUACUUGGAAGUGGACCGAAACAAUCAUCCAAAAAUUUAUAACUUGAUCACAACUUUUGGGAAAGAUACAGGAGAAAAUCUGUCAGGGACAACCUCAACCCCAUCAAGCGAGCUUGAGCCACUUUUGGUGCCAAUGUUAAAUUCCGAUUCUCAAACGUUGGAAAAUAAUGGUAAAGUUACUACUUUGAGACGCGCCAGCAUUGAGUCCUUCCAUUGGGAUCCAUUGCAAAAAUUGUUGCCCAAUUUAAAGUCCGGCCUGACUCAAGAACAAAGCCAAAAGGGAAAGGUCAAAUGGGAGGUUUAUACCGCUUACAUCAAAGCUUGCUCAAUUGGGGGCAUAUUCGUGUGGAUUGGAUUUAUCAUCAUGUCAAAUCUUCUUUCCAUAGGAAGUAAUUAUUGGUUAAAGCACUGGACCGAAGAAAAUUCUGAAGCUGGGGAGAAUAAAGAUAUUUGGAACUUUCUUCUUGUUUAUGCGGCGUUGGGUGUGGGUGCCACAUUUAUGACUGUUGGAAGGUCCUUGAUAAUGAGAAUGUGGCUCGGUAUAAAUGCGUCGAGAAAGAUCCACAACCAGAUGGCAGCAAGGGUCAUUGGCGCACCUAUGGAAUUCUUUGAAAGAACACCCGUGGGGAGGAUAAUGAAUCGGUUUACAAAUGAUAUCAAUAGGAUCGACGAUGGAAUCCCCUCGAUUUUCCUGGCGUUUAUUUCGCAAAUCAGUCGCACUGUGUUUACCCUUGUUGUAGUAAGCUUUGCCAUUCCUGCUUAUUUUAUUCUGAUUUUGAUUUUGGGGGCCAUAUAUGCAUAUUAUGAAAUUUACUACGUUGCCAUUUCGAGAGAAUUAAAGAGGUUGGUGAGUGUGUCGAGGUCUCCCAUAUAUGGUCAUUUGGGAGAGAGUUUGAAUGGGAUGGACACUAUCAGAGCAUAUGGUCAAAAUGAAAGAUUUGAUUUCAUCAUGAACAAAGUUGUUGAUUUCAAUUUAAAAUCUCAGUAUAUGCUUACAUCGAUCAAUAGGUGGCUUUUUUUCAGAUUGCAAGUUGUGGGUGGUUUGGCAGUAUUGUCUGCUUCUUCGAUGUUGAUUUUGAGUGUCAAAACUGCUCAUCCAUUGACAUCUUCCAUGGCAGGGUUUUUAAUGACAUAUGCAUUACAAGUUACGGGCUCCUUGAGGAUAGUGGUUAGACAAUCGGCUGAAGUGGAGACUAGUAUUGUUGCUGUUGAACGAUGUUUGGAAUAUACACAAUUACCGGUUGAGGAAGAUGAACAAAAGCAAGUUUUUACGCCACCCCUUGAUUGGUACAAAUGUGGAAACAUUCAAUUCAAUGACUACUCUACGAGGUAUAGAGAAAAUCUUGAUUUAGUUUUGAAGAAUGUCAAUUUGACUAUUGCUGAAGGUGACAAAGUAGGGGUCGUUGGUCGGACGGGUGCUGGAAAGAGCUCGCUUGCUUUGGCAAUCUUUAGAAUCAUUGAGCCCGUUGAAGGAAACAUUGAUAUAAACGGUAUAAAUACUAGUGCGAUUUCCUUGCAUGAGUUGAGACAUCACCUAAGCAUUAUUCCACAGGAUUCUCAAUUGUUUCAAGGAACAAUAAGACAGAAUUUGGACCCAUUCAAUUACUAUACCGAUGAUGAGAUUUGGAGGGCGUUGGAGUUAGCCCAUUUGAAGGAUCAUAUUGCUCAGCUCAAUUCUAAUGAGGUUGAUGACGCGGAUAAGAACGAUCUCAAAACGCAUGUUUCGCAUUCCAAUGGCAACAAGCUAUUGUGUAAAGUUAAUGAAGGGGGCUCAAAUUUCUCAGCUGGUCAACGCCAGCUCAUGUCCCUUGCAAGGGUAUUGUUGAAAAUGAAUGAGUCGCAAGUUCUCGUGCUAGACGAAGCCACUGCAGCGGUCGAUGUAGAGACCGAUAGAAUCAUACAGGAAACUAUACGUAAGGAGUUCAAGGAUAAAACGAUAGUGACAAUAGCUCACAGACUAGAGACAGUUAUGGACAGUGAUCGGAUCCUAGCCUUGGAUGAAGGAGAGGUUGUUGAAUUCGACACGCCAAGCAAACUAAUUGAAUCCAAGCGAGGAAUAUUUUACGGAUUAUGCGAACAAGGAGGGUAUUUAUAG